GGGGGCGACGAUCACCUGAUCUGCGGCGGCGGCGGCGGUGGCCGAGGCCGUGGUGACUGAAGCUGUGAUGGCGGCGACAGCGGCGGCUCCGGGGCAGGCGGGGACGCUCAGGGCCCCAGCGUUUUGUCAAAUGAAGUGGCUGCCGGUGCUGCUGGCGGCGGCGGCGGCGGCGGUGGCGGAGCAGCAGGUGCCGCUGGUGCUGUGGUCAAGCGAUCGGGACUUGUGGGUUCCUGCGGCCGACACCCAUGAGGGCCACAUCACCAGCGACAUGCAGCUCUCGACUUACUUAGACCCCGCCCUGGAGCUGGGCCCCCGCAACGUGCUGCUGUUCCUGCAGGACAAGCUGAGCAUUGAGGACUUCACGGCAUAUGGUGGUGUGUUUGGAAACAAGCAGGACAGCACCUUUUCUAACCUGGAGAAUGCCCUGGACUUGGCCCCGUCCUCUCUCGUGCUUCCUGCUGUUGACUGGUAUGCAGUGAGCACUCUGACCACGUACCUGCAGGAGAAGCUGGGGGCCAGCCCCUUGCACGUGGACCUGGCGACCCUUCGGGAGCUGAAGCUCAAUGCCAGCCUCCCGGCCCUGCUGCUCAUCCGCUUGCCCUACACAGCCAGCUCGGGUCUGAUGGCACCACGGGAAGUCCUCACAGGCAACGAUGAGGUCAUCGGGCAGGUGCUGAGCAUGCUCAAGUCGGAAGAUGUCCCGUACACAGCGGCGCUCACAGCGGUCCGCCCUUCCAGGGUGGCCCGCGAUGCAGCCCUGGUGGCCGGGGGGCUAGGCCGGCAGCUGCUGCAAACGACGCCCAAACAGCCCGUGUCCGUUGUGGUCCACCCCCCUGUGAGCUAUAACGACACUGCGCCCCGGAUCCUGUUCUGGGCCCAGAACUUCUCAGUGGCUUAUAGGGACAGCUGGGAAGACCUGACCGGCAGGACCUUUGACGCCCCAUCUCUGAAUAUGACCGGCUCCUUCUGGAAUGACUCCAUCGCCAGGCUUUCGCUGACCUAUGAACAACUCUUUGGUGCCACGGUGACGUUUAAGUUCACUCUGGUGAAUCGCUUCUAUCCAGUGUCGGCCCGGCACUGGUUUACCAUGGAGCGCCUGGAAAUCCACAGCAACGGCUCUGUGGCCUACUUCAACGUCUCCCAGAUCACAGGGCCCAGCAUCUACUCCUUCCACUGCCAGUACGUCAGCAGCCUUAGCAGCCAGGGCAGCAUCCUUGUGCCGGACACGCAGCCCUUCCUCUGGCAGAUGACGCUUGAGGAUUUCCAGAUCCAGGCCUUCAACGUGACAGGCGAGCAGUUCUCCUACGCCACUGACUGUGCGGGCUUCUUCUCCCCGGCCAUCUGGAUGGGGCUGCUCACCUCCUUGUUCAUGCUCUUCAUCUUCACCUACGGCCUGCACAUGAUCCUCAGCCUCAAGACCAUGGACCGCUUUGACGAUCACAAGGGCCCCACCAUCACUUUGACCCAGAUUGUGUGACCCUGUGCCCGCGCGGGGGGUUAUGGGUGUGAUGGUGUCCAGGUUGUCACUUUCUCACCUCGAGGCAUGCUGGACCGAAGGACUUCCUUCUCUUCCUACCGUAGCAUGAACCCCCAACUCCCCUCAGCCUGUUUUGCUCCUAUUCAACCCUGUGAGGGGCUUCCCUCGGGCUGCCCCCCCCCGCCCCCCAUCUCUACCAACAGGUGUACAUAUUCUGCGUAGAUAGUAGACAAAUCUCCAAGGAUUGGUGAUUAUAAAGGGAGGGGACAUGAAUUCCAGAGCCUCUCUUACUUCCCCCCUCUCUCCUUAUUUAUUUUCAUAUCUCCACCUUCAGCCCUUGCUGUUUAUAGUGCUUUUGUGUAGCCAGUGCUUUGUGGGGUUCCCUGCAGCAGCCAGGAGCUGGAUAUUCCCUGAGUUGGGGGGUGGGGUGGGGUCAAAGUACCAUUUAACCGUCCUGCUUGGCUAGUGUUGUUUUUGGUGAUGUGCUUCCCGUACGCAGCGCACGGGUUUAUUCUUUGUGGCCUGAGAAGGAAGGGACCCGGCAGGUGGGCUGGGCGCACUCACUGGGUUUCUGGCAGGCUUGGUGGGUUUCCUUCCUAAUAAAAUAAAGAUGGGUCACCGUG